AUGGCAGAAGGAGUCCUCUUCAACAUUGCAGAAGGGAUCAUUGGCAGGUUGACCUCCCAUGCGUUCCAAGAGAUGGGAUUGAUUUGGGGUGUCAAAGAUGAGCUCCUGAAGCUUGAGGAGACAGUUGCCCAAAUCCAAGCUGUUCUUCUUGAUGCAGAGCAAAAGCAAGCGACUCAUGCAGUCAAAUUGUGGCUUCAAAGCCUAGAAGAUGCUGUUUAUCAAGCUGAUGACGUGCUAGAUGAAUUUUAUGCUGAAGGACAGUGGAGACAAAUGAUGCCCGGAAAUAAUCAAGUGUUAAAGCAGGUAUGCAUCUUCUUCUCUAGCUCAAACCAGCUUGCUUUUCGGCUAAAGAUGGGUCAUAAGAUUAAAAGUAUUAAGGAGAGACUUAAUGUGAUUGCAUCUCGUAGAAACUUUCACUUAGAAGUGAGUCGUGAAGAUACACGAUUUAGAAGGGUAACUCACUCUUUUGCCCCUACGGAAACUAUUAUAGGGAGAAAUGAAGAUAAAAAUGCAAUUAAACAACUCUUGUUUGAUACCGUCUCUGAAGAGAAUGUAUCAAUCAUUUCCAUAGUCGGAUUCGGAGGAUUGGGAAAAACUGCACUUGCCCAACUCUUAUUCAACGAUCCAGAGGUCCAAACUUAUUUUGAGCUGAAAAUGUGGAUAUGUGUCUCUAAUGUAUUUGAGUUGGAUGUACUAGUUAAGAAAAUCAUUCAAUCUGCAACUAAUGACAUAGCCAAAAGUCUUGAGAUUGAUCAGUUGCAAAAAGAACUGAGGAAAUUAAUAGACGGGAAGAGAUACCUCCUUGUGUUAGAUGAUGUUUGGAACGAGAAUCGUGAAAAAUGGUUUGGCUUGCAAAACUUGUUGUUGGGUGGUGCAAAAG